CGCCUCCGCUCCGCCCCCCUCAGCACCUUCCCCGGCCCCCGACGUUGCGCCCUUUCCUCGCUUCUCUGCGCUCCCCGUCCCCUCUCCGGCCUCUGGUCCCGGCCCCCUCUCUUCUUCCGCAGCCUUCCCUUUGCUCCCUCCCGCCCCCCCCAGCUCCUUGCCUCCAACUCCCUCCCCUUCCACGCCCGCCCUCUCGCCUUCGCCGUCCCAAAGUGGAUUAAUUAUACGCUUUCUGUUUCUCUCUCCGCUGUUCUCUCCCGCUGUGCGCCUGCCCGUCUCUCGCUGUCCUCUCUCUCUCUCUCGCCCUCUCUUCGGCCCCCCCCCUUUUCACGUUCACUCUGUCUCUCUCACUAUCUCUGCCCCUCUCUAUCCUUGAUACAACAGCUGACCUCAUUUCCCGAUACCCUUUCCCCCCCUAAAAGUACAACAUCUGGCCCGCCCCAGCCCGCAGACAGCCCGUCCUCCCCAAACAAUCAGACGAGUUUCCCACCCCCCCAAAAAAGCCAUCCCCCCGUUCUGCCCCGUCGCACAUUCGGCCCCCGCGACUCGGCCAGAGCGGCGCUGGCAGAGGAGUGCCCGGCAGGAGGGCCAACGCCCGCUGUUCGGUUUGCAAUACGCAGCAGGGAGGUGGGCGGCCCCUGCGCCGGCUUCCAGACACCAAUGGGGAUCCGAGUGGGAAAGUCGGUGCUGGUGCUGCUCGCCUUCUUGGCCUUCGCCUCGUGCUGCUAUGCUGCUUACCGCCCCAGUGAGACUCUGUGCGGCGGGGAGCUGGUGGACACCCUCCAGUUUGUCUGCGGGGACCGCGGCUUCUACUUCAGACUUCCAGGCAGGCCGGCAAGCCGCGUGAACCGCCGCAGCCGUGGCAUCGUGGAAGAGUGCUGCUUCCGCAGCUGCGACCUGGCCCUGCUGGAGACCUACUGCGCCACCCCCGCCAAGUCCGAGAGGGACGUGUCGACCCCUCCGACCGUGCUUCCGGACAACUUCCCCAGAUACCCCGUGGGCAAAUUCUUCCAAUAUGACACCUGGAAGCAGUCCGCCCAACGCCUGCGCAGGGGCCUGCCUGCCCUCCUGCGAGCCCGCCGGGGUCGCACGCUCGCCAAGGAGCUGGAGGUGUUCAGAGAGGCCAAGCGUCACCGUCCCCUGAUCACCCUGCCCACCCAGGACCCCGCCGCCCACGGGGGCGCCUCUCUUGAGGCGUCCGGCCAUCGGAAGUGAGCCAAAUUGUCGUAAUUCUGCAAAGUGGCACCAUCCACUCGUGACCUCCUCUUGACCGGGACCUUUCCAUCAGGUCCCACCUCUGAAACCUCUGUACCGUCCUGUCUGCGGACUCCCCCGACCUGGCCCCCGUGCCCCAACCUCCUCACGUCAGGCUGGUCUCUCCUCGGCCCCCUCCAUCGGGCUAAGGGAAUCACAACAAAAUCUUUGAAAAUGUACAAAACCAAUUGGCUUUAGCUCUCUCUUCCAAAUUGUAACCCCCAAAUUACCCAACCAAAAUUGCAAUCACAAACGUGUCGGCCCCCUUGAAAUGAAUUGGCUUCUUAGCAACACCGGAAAAGCUAACUAGCUUUCCAGAAAACCCUAAAAAAAAAAAUUCAAUUAGCUGAAAAAAAAUACUAAAAAUAAAUUGGCUUCAAAACAAUUGGCAAAAUAAAAGAAUUUGGCCCCCA